ACAUCAUUUCAAAAAGUAUAUAAAUGUAUAAUGUUCUUGUGGUAACUAUAUUUGUUAUUGGAAAAUACAUGUGUUUGUAUUAUUUUAAAAGUUGGUUGUCCUUUAUGAAUUUUAAAAUCUAUCAUCGUCAAUUGUCAAUAGCAGCUGUUCGUAUUUAUUAAUUUGACUAUUUGACAUUUAUACCCUAUACAUAAUUAAAAAUAUACUAUGACCGUAUAAUAACUUAAGACUGGCUUAAAAAAAUACUAAUAUGGAAAUUUUAAACGGAACAAAAAAAUAGAAAAAUCACUAUGGAAGAUAAAGAAGAAGGAAAUUGGGCAUAUUUGCCAUAUUUAGCUCUAUACAAAAUAUUUCAGCAUCUAAAUUAUAAGGAGCUUAUUUCUGCAGGCCAAGUGUGUAAAUUGUGGUACCAGGGUAGUUACAACGAUUUAUUGUGGAAAGAACUAUUUCGAGAUCAUUUUAUGAUUGAUAAAUCUAUACCAGUUGUUGCAGGUAGAACAUGGCGAGAGGAAUUUAUAAGAUUGUCUUAUAAUAUACCAGUAGUACAAACAGAAACAUUAUUACAACACGGCGACCAGGUGUUGCACGUUAGUUUUUCCCAUAAUGGGAAAUACUUUGCAACAUGUUCUAAAGAUGGAUAUGUUAUUCUAUGGAAAUCAAAAUAUCCAGCAAAAAAGAAAUAUAUUAGGAACAUGAAACAUUUUAAAUGGAAGUACACUCAAUAUUCUCAAUUCAAUGAAUCAGAUACACUUCUCCUUGUUUCCGGUGUACACUUUGGGACGACUCAUAGUACUUCAGGAGAGAUUGCAGUUUUUGAUUUAAAUCACUUUGAAUUGCAAUGUAGGGUAGUUAACAAACCCUAUGAUAUAUUUGGUACUUGGUACAGCGAUCAUUACCUCCUAUCAGGCGAUUUGCAUUGGCUCGCUCAUUUGAUUAGCACAUCCCACUUAUGGUUGAAUAAAGCGUCUCAAGAAGCAGAAUCAGAAUUAGUACCAAUAACGCACUGCCUGUUUAGAUUCUAUAAUAGAAGCGCUAGUUCGAUUAGAUCUAUAAUGAUAGCCAAUUGCCUUCCAAAUUCGGAAAAUGUUACCGUUAAUAAUAAUGACGGAGAUACAAAUAUGCAACAAGGUACUUCUUCCCAACGUGGAAAUCCUAUCAGUCAUAAUGAUAUGACGUGGCCACGUUUAGAUAUUAGAAGAUCAACGUUUAAUAUCGAAAUAGACCCAUACAAAUUUCCACAUCCUAUUUGUUAUAAUGACGAUUAUAGAAAAGUAGAAUGUGCAUCUUGGGUAAAUAUCGAUGACGAUAUAGAAGAAGAAAUAGAAGAGAAAAUCGUCGAAGAUUCUGAUGAUGAUUGUUCUGAAUCUUCUUGUGAAACCGAGACUGACAGGUUCGUCCAAAAUGAUAAAUAUUUAAUUUAUACAACUGGAAAUAAAACGUACACACCACAUCAGAUAGGAUUUAAAAGAAUAAAGCCAUUCAAAUUUCCCAAACGGAUGGAACUUGGUCCCACCCUUCAAGAACGUUUGAUUUUAUUCGAACAACGUAAAGAACAGAGUCCUCCGCCAGAUCCUGAUUGGUUAGAUUUCGAUAAAGUAGCUGAUAAAUUUGAUCAAGUCGAUCAUCUAAUUGAUCUUCAUGGACAUAUCGUCGGAAUGGGAUUAAGUCCUGAUCAAAGGUACCUAUAUGUAAAUAGUCGUUCUUGGCCAGAAAAUUAUGUUAUAAGCAACCCUUUGGAUCCACCACCUAUAGCACAAGAGAUUGAUAUCCACGUUAUAGAUUUAGUAACUUUGAAACAAGUUGGGAAAAUGCUUAGAGCACACAAAGCUUUUACGCCAAAUAACGAAUGCUUUUUCAUAUUUUUAGACGUUUGCAAUGAAUAUGUAGCCAGUGGAGCUGAAGAUAAACACGGUUAUCUAUGGGAUCGUCAUUACGGAGCCUGUUUAAUAAAAUUUCCGCAUCAAGAUGUAGUUAAUUCCGUGGCAUUCAACCCAAAGGAUCCGGAAAUGUUGGUAACGACGUCCGACGAUCAUUCAAUAAAAAUAUGGCGGUCUAGAGCUAAAGUGAAUAGUUUAAAUUUAAACGAAUCACUGCUACCCAAGGGCAUCGAACUAAGAAAUGGUCGAGUCGAAAAAACCGCCAAACGUUUAUUCAAUUUCAGACCAGAUAUUUAGGUAAAAAACGGUUUUAACUUUGAGUGAGCUGAAACAAUUUUUGAGUUAACUUGAUUAGGAUUUAAUUAUUUAAAUUAUAUUUUAAUAGUUCCAAUUUAUGUAACUAUGACUUUAUUAGCAGUUUUUUUUUGUUAAUUUUGAAACCAUUUUACUGAAAUUCGAUGAAUCUUGUGCAAGGUUGAUGUUUUACGAUAUUUUUUUAAAAAGUUAUCCAAUCUUAGGGUAUUAUGGAAUUUUUUUUAAUAAUGGGGUUGUUUGUUUAAAGCUAAAUAUUUCAAUGUUCAUUUUAAAAUAAUCGAAAUAAGAUAAAAAUUUGGGCCAACUAUUCAUGUAUCAACUGCUGUCCCCUCAAGACCCUAAAUAUAAUUUGUGGCUCAAUUUUUUUCAAAUUUCCAUUUGCGGACAUUUGAUCUAUUGAAUGGUGGUUGCAUGAACUCCUUAAAACACUAAAUAUGAUAUAAAAAUUUUUAGUAUUUUUAGUAUUGGAGGCAUGAAAAAGUCACAAGUAGCUAAAUCCUAUGAUUAUGGAGGCAGAUGCGCGCUUUUAUUUAUUGCAUAAAAUUUAACAAAUUUUAUAUGAUCCAUUUUAUCAAUCGCAAGAUAAGUCAAAAUAAAUUGUGUAUACGUUCCACUUAAUGACCUCUAUAACCCCUAUUCCACUAAAAUACAAGUAAAGUACUGUGGACGAAUAUUAUGUGUGGAGAAUGCAUUUUAGGUUCCUAAUAUGGUGGUUUAGUGGACACAUUCAGUUUGGAAUGAUUAUUUCCUAUUAACUUGAGUAAAAUUUAAUUCAACAUGGAUGGAAUCAUCCUGCAAGCUCAGUGGUAUAGGGGUGGUGUUCGCCUUCUCCUUUAGGAGUUGGUUGAUUCCACUUGUUGGGCGUCGUCGUCGUCUUCGGGAGGGCCUCGUCAAUAGGUGAUGUCCCAUUUUUCGUGCCAAAAUGCAUAGAAUCUCUCCGGAACAGAAAAUAAAAGAUUUAUAUUAUUAUAAAAACAGUAUAAUAAUGAAUAUGUAAAAAUAUUUAAACAGAUCAAAAGUUGAUUUUGUCAGGAUCACUUAUAUUAAUACUAAAUGGUUUGGUAACACUGCACAUCUUGAGACCACUGGUUGACUCACUAAAAGUUAAUAUUUAUAACUUGCACUAUGAACUAAAACUAAGUAAUGAAGAUAUCUAAUAAUGUACAAUUGGGUUUAACUGUCCUGCAAUCUAAACUGCAACUGACUAUUUUGGGAUAAAAAUCUGGCACGUUUUAGAAGUUCGGAGGAACUUCGGUCAUACUCCGAAAACGCAACAGCGAGAAAAGUAUCAUUAAUUUGAAAUUACUCAAAAUGAUAAAGUGAUUUUAAUAAAACUGACUAUGCUACCACGACUCCAACAUCGAAUUAGAGACUUGAAUUGUCAUAAGAUCUAAGUUGGAAUUGUUGUAACCGUUGGUGAUAUUCAUACGGAACACACUGUUUAGACUCCCACUACAUCAACACUCAUAAUGUCUGACGCUUGUUUCGUUUAACUAAGUUAUCGUCUUCAGAAACUGACUAUCUUCAGUAUCCGAUAACUUGGUUCUUGAGGAGCGAAGUGACGAUAGGGUAUUUGGUGGAACGAUACAAAGGGUGCUACAAUCUUUAUGGGGUUAAAUGUAACGUAUCUAUCUGACUAUGUAGAAGAAAUUAUAAAAAUUCACUUUAUAUCUAUAGAAUCUAUCGGGGAGUUUUAGAAACAAUGUAGUUUUCUUUUUUUGCAUUCAAAGAACACUUUUUGCGUGCUUUAUGGUGAAAAUUGACUAGAAACAUACGAAACGCCAUUAACUUAUCAUGGAAUGUUGUAAUUUUUUGUUUUCAUAUAUACCAUGACAUUUUGAAUAGUGGUUGAGGUACAAAUUGAUCAAAUUAUAGUUUUUUUUCUCAAAAAUUUAUAUAUGAGUCAUUAGUAAUGUACAUGAAUUUUUUGUAAAAUGGUUACAAUAUUAUGGAACAGUUUUUUUUGUAAAAUUUGUGAUAUAUCGCUAUUAAAAAUUUUGCUUUGUUUUGAAUACUAACUGAUAGGUCAUCUAGACAUAUCAAAUUAUAAUUCAGUAUUAGGUUCGAAAAUGAUACUAUUUUCUAUCAUAUCUAUUUUCCUCAUAAAAACGAUGUGGCAAAUAAAAUUUGCAGUCGGUGGAAGAAAUAACUGCGAUUGGUAUUUCCCAUCAAAACAUUUCUUAUUUUUGAAAAAAUAUUCCACACGUUUUCUAAGGAAAAUGUUAUUCAAUUUUGUAGUAGUUUUGAUAAUUAACAAUUCAACAUAGAAUUAAGUGAAAAAACUUCUUUUUAUGUCGAUAAAAUAUUAAAUUAUAUACAUAUUAUAUAUUAUUUAUAUUUGAAAGAUAUAUUUUCAGACUAAACUUACUAUUACUUUACAGACUGUUGAUAUGUUGUUAAAAAUUGAUUUUUAUUGAGAAUUAUUUAAUCAAUUGUGUGUAAUUGUCUUCAAACUUUUAUGACAAAAUAUUUUUUUGUAUGUAUUGAAUAUUUAUUAUAUCUAUUGUUAUUUAAAUGCAGUUUUAUUUCUAACCGAAACUAUAAUGCAACAUUUAACGAUUAAACAAAAUUUUUUAGUCUUUCAGAACAGA